AUGAGUAUCAUAAUAAUAAUCAACAACAACAACAAGGUCAACAACAACAAGGUCAACAACAACAACAACAACAACAAGGUCAACAACAACAACAACAACAAGGUCAACAAUAACAACAAGGUCAACAACAACAACAAGGUCAACAACAACAACAAGGUCAACAACAACAACAAGGUCAACAACAACAACAAGGUCAACAACAACAAGGUCAACAACAACAACAAGGUCAACAACAACAACAAGGUCAACAACAACAACAAGGUCAACAACAACAACAAGGUCAACAACAACAAGGUCAACAACAACAACAACAAGGUCAACAACAACAACAACAACAAGGUCAACAACAACAACAACAAGGUCAACAACAUCAUCAUAUAC